AUGGCCAUCAAACAGCUCUCCCCGGUGCCCCCGCUGCCGGCGAACUAUGCUGAGCGCAGGGGCCUUGGUGGCGCAGUUGCGCAGAGCCUGCAGAAGUGCCUUCAGGCCUCUGGCCUGUGCUUGGUGCAUGGUGCCGGUGGCAUGGGAAAGACGGUACAGACCUGUGCGACGAUUCAUCAGGAGACCGUGCUGUCAGAGAUCUUUCCCGAUGGAGUCGCUUAUGUGACGGUGGGCCAAUCGCCUGAUUUGGUCCACCUGCAGUCGCAGCUCUUGCGCGCCUUCGGUGUCUUCGAGGCUCCCACGGACCUCUCCGACGGCUACGCCAAGCUCUUCGGAGCUCUUGCAGGUCGAAAAGCGCUGCUGAUCCUGGACGACGUGUGGGAUGCACAGCACUUGGAGUUCUUGGUGCCCUUGAAAGGGCGCCCCAAGUCCUGGCUGCAGAAUGCUGUCCUGAUCACCUCUCGCCGGGUGGAUCUGCUGGGCUCCGCGGAGCUGCUGCGCCUGGGAGAGCUCACGGAGGAGGAGGCCCAGCAGCUGCUGAAGUUGGAAGGAGAUUUGCCCUUGGUUGCCAAGCUGGCCAAGUUAUGCUCCAAAUCGCCCCUGGCCCUUUCGAUCCUGGGUGCGACAGGCCUACGAGAAGAGGAGCGAACGAGCUCCAAGCGGUCCAGCAUCUUCAACUCGUUCCUCACCGAGCUCACGGGACGCAAGGAGGAGCCCAAUGCUGUCAAGCGCUGCAUCGAGCUUUGCUCCAAGCGCUUGAGCUCCGAGGAGCUCGAGCUCUAUUUGGAUCUGGCAGUCUUUCCCGACGACGUGCUUCUUCCCGUAGGCGCCUUGCGCAACAUUUUUGCUGGGCGUGACCUUGAAGCUUUGAAGGAGUUGGAACGAUUACACCUUCUUGGUGGCCUGGAUGGAGGUGAUGAGCAGCUCGUGAGACUUCAUGACUUGUCUCUUGAAUUCGUCAAAGAGCAUGCGGUGAAGCGGGGCAUGGGCGAGAAGAAGCUUCAUGAGGACCUUCUCGAGAACUACAGCCGAUGCUUGAAGGCUCCAAGGAACUGGUGGACUGGUCCAGAUGAUGGUUACUUCUUCCAGAGGCUCUUGUAUCACCUUUCAUUGGCAGGGAGAGGUGAGGAAGGACGGGCCCUCCUCCUGAGGUGGGAGUGGAUGGCCAGCCGUUUGCGGCGACCUGGAGACGUCAUCGCCGUGGUCGCGGAGUUGAAGGCGUUUGCUCCCAAGGGUUCCUUGAGACCCAGCCCUAUCUCGGGCUCUGGCACGGCGGCGGCCACUGCCCUCGGUUCCUCCCAACAGGCCAAGGCAAGGGCCUGA